AUGGCGCACAACGCAUCCGUCCAGCGCACGGCGCCCAUAGCCAUCGCACCCAAGCCGCCGCGGCCUGAGCAACCACCCCGGCGCCAGGACAGCCUGCACCGGUUCGAAAUAGGGCCGGCCAGCCUGCAGACUGCCGAGUCGACAUCCUUCUCCGGAUCCGUGGCCCCACCUUGCCAGGCCUGCCGGUUCUCUGGCACGAAGUGCGUUCUCGGCGAUGACGAGGAUGGCUGUGUGCCCUGUCAGAACAACGGCUCCGAGUGCUCGCUGUCUUCCAGUCCGCAGUCACGGAAACGGAAAUUGAACGGCGACUCUUCCAACGACGGAGGUUUAGGGAAGCGAAGUUCCCCUGGCAUAUCUGCCCGGCGGCUGCAAAACUCGAGUCUCUCAAGUACUGCCGCUAGCAGCUCCUUCCUCGAGGACAUGGCCAAUGUCGGUGGCCCGACGAUGCUCAAGCGUACCUUGGGCCUGCAGAAUGACCGGUACAGCCAGUACAUCGGUCCGACAACCGACUUUGAGCCGUCUCUGAUCAACCUGUCCACCUUCGACCCCCAGGAUGAGAGCCUGCUGUCGAGAGGCACCCUCCGCAAGGUCAGCGACAUUGACACGUUCUUGAUGUUGCCGGAUCAUGCCACGCCAGGCUUUGAACACAUUAUCCAGGACGCCGACGCCAUAGAAGCGGUCGUCGCGCCCCAUGGACGGAAACUGAUCGACCUGUACUUCCGAAUCGUCCACCCGGCCUUUCCGAUCAUCCAGAAGCACGUGUUUCUGGAAAAGUACGAGCGGUCGCAUCGGGAAUUUUCGCCUCCGAUCUUGGCUGCCGUCUACAUCCUGGCCAUCAAUUGGUGGGAGCAGAGUGAAGACCUGUCUUCACUACCUCGACCCAAUGUGCAAGAGCUCGAAAGGUUGAUUCGCCGGACGCUAGCGGAUGCCAUGAACAGGCCAAAGCUGUCAACCAUCCAGGCUGGUCUCUUGCUUUCACAACGACCCGAGGGUGACCAGUGGGCUCCGACUGCGCAGCUUGUUGCCAUCGGACAGGAGCUCGGUCUGCACCUGGACUGCUCCAACUGGAAAAUCCCACCCUGGGAGAAGGGCUUGAGGCGGAGGCUCGCUUGGGCGCUGUACAUGCAAGACAAGUGGGGAGCUCUGGUUCACGGUCGCCCGUCGCACAUCUGCUCGUCGAAUUGGGGCGUCCGACCCCUUUCGCCCAACGACUUCCCCGACGUCGAGUGGGACGAGAACGAGUCGGACGAGAAGGAGGACAUUGAGCGAGGACGGCUUCUGUUCACCCGUGUCGUGCAGCUUUCGGGCAUUCUGGCCGAGAUCCUCGAGACGUUUUACACGCUGCAGUCGACCACGACAAUCUCCGACGCGGGUCAGCAGGGCACUCACCUGGUGUUGUCCAUGGCCAAACCCGUGCAGCUGAAGCUCAAGGAAUGGUAUGGCGGGUUGCCUGCAACGCUCCGCCUGGAGUCGUACUCGAGCAGCAGCUAUUCGCCGUCACGGGCGACGACGAACAGGCUGUCGAGUAUCGGCUACCUCCACCUGGCCUAUUUUGCCACGGAGAUUACGCUUCAUCGGCGAAUCAUUCGGUCCCUGGCGUCCAACUCGUCUUCCGUGGACUCUUACGUCCAGCAUAUCUGCCGCAGUGCGGCGAAGGCGCGCCUCAUCUCGGCCAUGGACUUUGUCAACCGGUUGACGCCCAGUCACCUGAGUUCCUUCUGGUACUUUGCGUCCAAGACAAACUUUGCCCUCAUCGGGACGUUUGGCUCGCUGCUGUGGGCGACGUCUCCUGGCCGUGAAGAGGCCGACUGGUACCGGAGACGGCUCGGCGAGUAUCGAUGGACGCUGUCGGUGAGCUCGAAGCCGGGCGAGAACAGGAACCUGACCGAGUUCGCCAUGACCAUGCUGGACAUCUCGACGGGCCUCUUGAAGAAGCUACCCGAGAAGCCGUCGAUGAGUCGCAGUGGCAGCCUGGCGGACAUGUCGGCGCCGUCGGUGCCGUCGUCAUUCCCGGGUUCAUUUGUGGGCUCCUUCGCCGGCGGCAGCAUGCUGGGUCAGUUCAGCAACAUCCCCAGUGCCGACGUCAGCAGCGUGCAGAGCCCGCGCAGCGCUGACUACUCGAGCGACGACGACAUGGACGACAGCUACGCGACGCCGGUGUGA